UUGGAGCAUAGUGUAUAAUGAUACGUUUAAUGGAGUUUCAUUUGAUUUAAUCAUUCAUUUGUUUCUUUCUCCAGUUAUGGAUUUGUAACAUUUCCCAUGCAAAGCCGGGAUCUGUCUCUGAAUCAAGACGUUUUCGUAAUAUCCUAACACAGCAAAGACUUUUUGCUCAGCCAGAACUCCGAGAAACAAAUACACAGAGCCAUUUUCUGAACGAGAGAAUUCCAAAGCACUGGUUUUGACUUGAUUUCUCAUGCAACAUUGAAAUUCCCAUGUCCUAAAGUGAGCCCUUGAUAUAUCUACGGAGGAAAAAAAGUAAAUCCUGCUUUUUCAAACAUAUUAUUUUCUGACUACACAACAUGAAAUGCCCUCAAUUUGACAGUUGUUGUGUGUCAGUUACUGCUAAAGAGGCUGUUUUCUGAGCUGUGAGGCAACAUUCAUACUGAUUUGUGAUUUAAGAGAGCCUUCAAGACACUUGUGUGUCCUAGCAGAAGGUAUACGUAACAACAAAGUUUAUAACGGGGGAAAUGAAAGAAAGGAAAAGCAAGUCAAAUUCUUUACAAGUCAACAAAAUUUGGAUAAUAUAACCACUCCAGUAAUUGUGCUCAUAGUACUGCGGUAAAUCCACUACUGUAAGUGAUCCAGAGCUCACUUGAAUCUUUGUACUCUUUUGUUUUUUCCUCAUAUUUUCAACUGUCACUCUUCAGGCUCUCUUCCUCUCCUCCCCAUAAUCCCUCAGCACCAUUUCCUCUCUGUAUGCUCCACACUCUUCUCACUCUGUUCACCUCAUCCAUAAAUUCAUCCAUUAUUCUUGUCCCCAUUGCUCUUAACCUUCCUUAGACAGCUUUGCUGCUGGCUUUCGUUUUUAUAGACAGGAAAAAGAAAAACGUAAUUCCCUUUUUCAUACUGCCAGAGUGUGUUUUUCUGCACCACACCAUCCACACUGGCGGGCACAAUUCCGCCCAAAGGAGAGGAGGACUUUCUCGCGCUGGCCGCCUCCCGGCUCCGCUGCCGCAAGCGCGUCAUAGGGGCGGCAGUGGGUGUGGCCAUGGUGCUUAUUCUCUUGGUCGCCAUACCUCUGUUGGUCCAUAGCACCAAAGGGGGUGGAGCUGGAAGUGCAGGGAGUCAUUAUGAAAUGCUUGGCAGUUGUCGCAUGGUCUGUGACCCCUACACACCAUCGCAACAUGGCCAGGAAUUGACAUCUGUCUCACCGCGGCCUCCUGAGAUCACAAGCCGAAGAGGGAAGUCUGGAUACAGAGGGCCUCCAGGACCCCCAGGUCCACAAGGACCCCCUGGUGAGCCAGGAAAGCCUGGUCCACAAGGACCCCCAGGACCUGGUCCAAAUGGUUACGUGCCCUCCAUCUACACACCGAAGAUUGCUUUCUACGCAGGCCUGCGGAAGCAGCACGAGGGCAGCGAAGUGCUCAAGUUCGAUGAUGUGGUCACCAAUGUGGGCAACUACUAUGAACCCACUACUGGCAAGUUCACUUGUCCCCUCCCUGGCAUCUACUACUUCACCUACCAUGUUCUCAUGAGAGGAGGAGAUGGAACCAGCAUGUGGGCAGACCUCAAGAAAAAUGGACAGGUGAGGGCCAGUGCCAUCGCCCAGGAUGCAGACCAGAAUUAUGACUACGCCUCUAACAGUGUGAUCCUGCAUUUGGAUGUAGGGGACGAGGUGUGCGUGCAGCUAGAUGGGGGGAAAGUCCACGGGGGAAACACCAACAAAUACAGCACCUUCUCCGGGUUCCUCAUCUACCCUGACUGACUAUCCAUCAGCCCUGCCGCUCUUUCACCUCAUAAUGCUGCUCCACACACACACACACACACUAAACAGACCUGAAAGGAGAAACAUAUAUGUGGUUUGUUGCUGGGAGCAGAAGGGCUUCACUGAUAUGAUAUCAUGAGCAACGUGUUGCUUUCAUUAAGCAGGUUUUUUUCUGACAUGUUAUUUGUACACGUAUGCAAUUGAUGGUAAUAUGCUCUACUUAUAUGAAUGCAAAUUUCCAAAAAAAAAACAACAAAAAAAAGUUUCUAAUAGAUAUUGCAUAUAGAAAUAUAUCUACUGGAGUGUUAUCCUCCCUCGGCACUUGCAGCAUUAGGUGUACAUGUGUUGAUGUUAUACAAGUGGCAUCAUUUUUGCGUGUCUCACUUCAGUAUUCAGUUUUCAUCACACAGUUACGAACACACGUUCCUGAAGUUGGACAAAGCCGUUAUACACACGACUGAGGCUUGGUGGAAAAGAUUUCCAUGGUCUUGUUUUCACUAACAAGAGGACUGAUUGGAUAGCGUGGCGCAAUGGGAAUUCAAUACAAUGACAUAUGUAUGCGUGCACACACCACCACUGUGGGCCUGUGAUUAAUCUAAGUUCCCUGGUUCAAUUAAUUUGACUUAAAGUGACCGCUUUGGCUGUCAGUGUGGAAUUGGAGAUAUGGCUUGUGUGCAUGGACGUGCGGGGGUGUGUAUGUGUGUGUGUGAGAACAUGGAUUUUCAAUGUGUCUAAACACCUUGCCCCAGAAUAAACCAUUAAUAUAUCGGUUUAGUGUAGAAAUAUUCUAUCUCUGGCUUGACUAAUGAUCAAAUUUGACCAAAAAAAUAGCAUAAUUGUAAGAUUCUGUCCAAGAGGUGUGUUGUUUUUUUUUUUUAUUGCCUUACAAAAGCAAACAGUGAUAAAGUGCACUGACCUUAAAUUAAAUGUAAUGGCUUCAUUGCUGAAAGUAUUUGUUCAUGCUUUAUUAAGCUCUUGUCAUGUGAUAAUUGAAAAGGUGAUGGCUAAAUCACUAAAAUGACUAAAUGCUAAAUCACUGCGCAAAUAAAAUCUGGAGAGAAAAAAAGAGACGCAGCAACAUUAGCAGCAAUUUAUCAUUUAUUAAUCCUAAUUUUGCAAGAGUAAUAUACACUACCGGUCAAAAGUUUAGACACACUCAUUCUUUAUUUUUAUUCCCCACCCCCCCCACAUUUUAGAAUAAUAAUAAAGUCAUCAAAACUCUGAGGUAACACGUAUGGAACUAUGGGAAUUAUGUUGUGAUAAAAAAUCCAAAAUAAAUUAAAAGCAUUUAAUAUUUUAUCAUCUUCAAAGUCGACGCCAUUUUUGCCUAGAAUUUGCAGAAAUGUAUUCUUGGCAUUUUCUCGACGGAUUUCUUGAGGAAUUUCCCUGAGAUGCUUUUUAAACACUAUUAAAGGAGUUCACACCUACGCUGGACGCUCAUCGGCUGCUUUUCAGAAUAUUUCGCGCCGAGUCUUCCGUUUAAAAAAUAUCAUUUUGUAAAUAAAAUGUUAGUUUUCUUAUGAAAGAAAUGAACAUGUUGGCACGAUUAUAUUUCUGUCUACGACACCGAUUCCACACAUUUAAUCACACACCCUCAGAUCGAAAGGUUUUUAAAAUCAUGAGAAACAUUUCGGUCGAGUGUCCACAAACUUUUGACCUGUAGUGUAUAAUACAUUUUCCAGCAUAAAUUGUGCCGGUAUUUAAAAAAAUAUGUACCAAUAAUUACUGUUAAUGGAUUUAUUUUAAUUCUCUGAUCAUAUUGCAUUUUAUGUAUUCGUAAAACUAAAUCAAAGCCAGAUAAAGGGGCCUUUCUUGCAAAUGAGUUAUUUAAAUAAUUUCUCAAAAUUGAUUUUUUUAAGAAUGAACAUUUAGGGCAGUCAUGAGUAUAUGGGUGUUAGUGUUUGUAACAGUAUGUUUCAGUUGAAGCAGAAAUGAUGAUAAAGAUUCUCUGCAUCAUACAGUGUUCCUGUAAUUCUACUGAACUGUGUAAUUUUACAUUACAGAAAAGAUGGAAAUCUUAUAGUUAUUGUGUGCACAAUGGGGUUUGGCAGGAGACAAGUCAAUACACAUCAAUAUAUCCAUAAAACAAGCUCCAUUUCUUCUCAUAAAACAAC